CUCCUCGUGCCAAAUACCAGUUUUCCAUGCGGCAUGCCAAGGCAGUGUCACAACCGCCCAGCCAAUCCUCGUUUCCUCAUUCUUUCUGUGCCCGAGGUCAAUCCACACAGAACGGCAUAACGCCAUUGUUCUCCACAAUCACUGAUCCAGGGUCAGUGUGAGCCGCCUGCUUCUGGUUUUUCCUUACAGGUACCGAACAGCCGGGAGGCUGAGAGCUACAGGGCUGCGACAUGUGAACGGAGCUCCGCCCCUUUUGACCCUCGACUCUCAACCUUUGCAGAACUCACUUGAGCCUGACGCCGCGACCGCGACCUGACACCCUCCUGCCUCUGGCAUGCCUCAGCCGGGCAUGAAUGGGAUGGAGCCUGCGUUUGGCGAGGCCUACGGGGGUCACAGGGGUCUGCUGAGCCCCUACCCGCUGGCCAUGUCGCCACAAGGGGGCAGGACCGAGUACGACCAGAGUGUGCUCCUCAUGCUGGGCUCCCCUGCAUCGCCUAGGAAACGGCCCUUUGAGUUGCUAAGCGACCUGGUGGACGAUGGCGGCUUUGGCGAGGACCUGCACCCGGAGCGCUGGGACGUGUCCGCGCUGGACGAGAUGGCCCGCUACACCAAGCUGGGCCUCGGGGUGGGGGGGGAGCUGCUGGCCGGCUCGGAGGAGGCGGUCCUGAUGGGCCGCUGGGGGAGGAGCCGGGAGGAGCAGGAGGAGGAGGAGGAGGAGGAGGAGAGACACGCUGCACCUCCCGUCACCCAGGAAGUCCGGGCCACCGCUGCAGGAAGGGAGGAGGGGCGUAGCUCGGUUGUCACGACAACAGAGAGGGCGCUGUUUGUUGCGGGAAGAGCGGUCGGAGGAUUACAGGAUGGGGGGGCGCCGAGGGAGCGAACUGUGGAGGUGUAUCAGGUGGCACAGGAGGAGGAGGAGGAGGAGGCGGCGGCGGCGGCAGGUUUGGCGUUGGAGCACUGCAGCGAGGAGCACAACUACUCCCUGAGUCAGGGGGAGGAGGUGGGGACCGCUCACAACGCCCAGACGGAGGGGCCGAGGGUCGGGGAGACGCAGCAGGAGGCGCCGCCGCGAAGGGAGGAGAGCCAGGCCAAAACUGAGCUAGACGCCGAGGAAGAUGAGGAGGAGGAGCGGGAAGAUGGAGAGGAGGAGGAGGAAGAAGACGAGGAGGAGGACGACGACGAAGGAGAGGAUGGAGCGGAGGAGACGGCGGUGGAGGCCGAACUCUCCAGCUCCUCAGAAACUGAAUGUGAGGUGGAAGCCGAGCCGGCGAGGCAGCCAGGCGAGCGGCCGUCGAAGCGUCGCUGUUUCUGGGAGUACCGGCGAGCUCGGGAAUCGGCCGCGAAGAAGAAACUGGGCGGAGACGUCCACUGGUCUCUGUCCUGGAGCUCCAGCACUCUACCCAGCACCCUGUACCGCCGAGAGGGUAAAAAAGGGCGCCGCAAAGCUCGCAAGACAGACGCCAGCGACCUGACACCGAACCCCCAGAAGCUCCACAACAUCGGGGAGCAGCUGCAGAAGCUCAACGCCGCCAUCGACGGCAUGGGCCCGGUCAACGACCUGCCCGCCGUGGCCCGGGCACGGUCCCGCAAGGAGAAGAACAAGCUGGCCUCAAGGGCCUGCCGGCUGAAGAAGAAGGCCCAGCACGAAGCCAACAAGAUCAAGCUGUGGGGGCUCAACCAGGAGUACGAGAACCUGCUGGGAGCUCUGCUGAGGAUCAAGGAGGUGAUCCGACUGCGGGUGGAGAGCAGCGAGGAGGAGGACACAGACGAGCGAGGGAUGACCCAACGUCUGGAGGACAUCCUCCGAGAGUCCAGCGGUCCUUUAGUCGCCGGGCGGACCAAAGACUUUGUGCAGAGGAUUUUGGCGGCCAGCGCGGGCGGUCUGAACCAGCGCAAAGAGCCUCAACAAGAAGGCGACGAGGCGGCGGGCUAAACUCACCCGUCGAACCUUUUAGCCUCCUCCUCUCCCCCCCCCCCCGUCUCUCUCCUCCACCUCCUCCCUCCCAGCACCAACCAACUGAGCACCUUGUCCAACCUCCGCUCUCACCAUGUAAACACUCGAGCAAAGAGGGUGGAGAUGCUGGGAAGAAGAACAGGAAGAAGGAGGAGGAGGCGGAGGAGGAGGAGGAGGAGUUGGGAGGAAGGAGGAAGGAGUAGCCUAAACAAAAUUGGAGUAAAUUGCCACCCUGCUCCUGGUCGUCUCCUGUUGGCCGUCUCCACCGCUCCGUCUCUGCAGGCUGCACCACCACCACCACCACCACCACCACAACCAGGCCAGAUCUGCUGCUGCUGCUGCUGCUGACGUCUCUGUGUUCUGUCCGUCUGUCCUUCUGUGUGUGUGUGUGUGUGUGUGUGUGUGUGUGUGUGUGUGUGUGUGUGUGUGUGUGUGUGUGUGUGUGUGUGUGUGUUGUUGAAGUGUAUAUACAAACUGUACGAGUGCAUAGUGUCCCUCCUCUCUCCCUCUCUUGUGUGCUGUAUCUGUAUCCCAGUGUGCCUAUGAAUAGACAUUGCACUGUUUUUUCUGUUUUUUUUUUUGUAGAUGGUCGUAGUUGUUGGCGGGGGGGUGUUGGACAUUUGAGGAUAGAGGAAGUGCUAAAAUAAGGAAUCGAGAGGAGCGCCGGCCUUUUUUUUUUUUUUUUGUCAGUCCUCUUUGGGCUGGACUCCUAUAGAAGGGCUGCAUACCAUUCGGAUAAGCGUGGGCAUCUGAAAUAUCAGCGCCAAGUCCAGCUGUAGCCGGGAAACAACAGCGCGUUUGUUGUGUGUCCUCGGAGCUUUAAACC